UGUUCCUAUUAAAAAUAAAGUGAAAAUAAAUUUAUAAAGGGAUCACCAUGACUGCCAUUUUGGGUGUUAGGAGAAAACUUACAGUGCAAACCAUAAUAAAUAAACUGAACCAUGAUACACAGAUACAACAGCUAAGAGCCCUGACUUUUGGUGGGUUUAGUUAUUUGAUAGACACACGAGUACAGGUGGAGUGUUUACAUCUGAUAAAACUAACUGAACUCAGAAAAAAGUUUGACAGUUCAACACCAGACAUGUUAGAUUGUGAUUGUGUUGAGAUUCAUCUCAAACCUAAACACUCUAUUAAAGGCCUUAACAACAAAUCAAUGUUCAGGAAAUUUGUAAACAUGAAUCAAAUAGAUAAAGUGACAUAGCAUAGCAUUUCCCCAAUCAUGUCUUAAUAUGUUUAAGCCCUGUGGGUAAACUUCCAGGCAGCUUUCUAUAGACCUUAUCAUUAAUGAACUUUUCACCAGGACCAACAGCAGAAAAGGUUCCCCGCAUCAUCACACCUCCUCCUCCAUGCUUCACUGUGGUAGAGAUGCUUUCAUUAUUGGAUUUCUCACCAGAUCUGUUUCUAGCUUUUCCUCCAAAUAGUUAAUUGAGGGAAAAAUAAAGAAGAAUUGACACGAGGUAUUAGGGAUGUGCAUUUGUUUAAUUCUUGCUCAUUUUCUGACCAAUGAUUUGUUGAUAAGACCAUUAAAGCUUUUAAAUUUUGGCCAAUGUUUCUGCAGGAUUGUACAUGAAUGUGUUGUUCAGAGCAUAAUCCACUAUACAUGACUACUAAAAAUGACUGAUGGGUAAUAUUUUUACAUUUUUAAAAUGAUUAGCAUCAUUUUAAAUCCUCCUGUAAUUAUCUAAGAGAGAGACAGUAAAACACACACACACUUCAUUAUUAUGAAUUCUAUGGCAUCUAAAUCAUUGUUUUUUGCAUACCUAAAAACCUUCUUGCAUUCCUACCUGUAUAAAAGGAUGUGUGAUAUACAUGUGCAGAAUGUAAAAUCUUCAAUAGAAAUUAUUCAGAGCGGUGUCUCUCUUCCUACCUGGAUAUCCUGAAAGUCUUCAGUGAAGGUGUGGAGGAUCUCUGUCAGCUCUGCAACCCAAACAGUGCACUGCUCCAAGACUGAAAGCCCCUGUGUAUUUAUAAUAUGGAAUCUCCUCCCCUUUUCACCCUCCCAUCUCUGAUACUCUCUUAAACAGAGCUCAUCUUAUAAAUCUCACAUACCCUACUGUGGUGGGUUAGAAGAGAAAUAACAGCAAUGGAGUGGACGAUCAUCCGGCUUUCUUCAUCAGAUCUCUGCAAAAUUGUGCUGAAGAACACAGCUGAGGCUGUUAUAAUUCCACUGAAAGGUGGCAUCUCCUCCCUGAAUGAAGUCUAUCAGGCUCUUAUUGAGGCAGAUGUAGAUCCUAUAACUGGGAAAUGCUCCAACUACGACUACAUCAGACAGCAGAUAGUGCAGGCUCAUCAGUUCCUGGAGCAGUCAGAACAGGCAGCUAGUUCAGGGUUACAGAGUCUGGAUGAAAACUUAGAGAGACUUACACAAGAUAAGUGGAAACUCAAUCAGGAGAUGAAUGAAAUAAAACAAACCCUAGACAACUUGAGAACAGAGCAGGAUUCAAAUGAGAAAUUACUCAGAGAAUCUCAGGGAGCUCUGCAGCUGGCCAGGACAAAUCUGAAUUCAGCAAAACAGACCCUUCAGAAUCAGGAGAAGAGGAAACGUGAUGCUGAAAUCGUCACAGGUGUUGGGGCAGGACUGAUGGUCAUUCCAAUCAUUGGAUGGAUUGCAGGUUCGGCCAUGGUGAUUGGUGGUGCAGUUGAACUGGAUCAAGCAAACAAAGCUGUCCAAGUGGCUGAAGAUGAAGAGAGAAAGUCUGAGAAUGAGAUGAGAAAAUAUAAACAUAAAGUAUUUGACUACGAGUCCAAGAUUUUCCAGACCAAAUGUCACCUCAGUCAGAAAAAUGACAAGCUGAAGCAGACGCAUGAAGAAAUCCAGAAGAUGAUUAAGCAGAUUGAGUCUGUAGCUGAGUUUCAGAAGAAAGUGAGAAGUGCUGUCAAUCUUCUGGGUAUUCUGAGUGGGAGGGUCAGUGUGGCUGAACAUCAGACUCGCAGAUUCAUUCUCCAGGAGCCUGUGAUGAAGGUGAUGGAGGAUGUGAUGAAGGCCAUAGAGCAGAUCACAGGGAAUGAGCUGCUCUAUGGCAAUGACCUGCCAAGACUCAUCAAUCAGAUGAAGGACAACAACCAACACCUGGCAACCAUCUGUGCCUCAGAGAACAGCUCUAAUUAGAACACCAGAGGAAAAUGCUGCCACUUUUGUUUUAAAUAGAGAUCCACUGAAUAAUGGAUUUUCUGUUGCAUGUUUGCAUUUUUUUUAAAGAACUGAUACUUCUAUGUCAUAUGCUAGAGCAUUAACAGCCAGUAAACAUGAACAUGAAAUAAAUACAGUAAAAGGGUGUUGCAGUAAACUUUGUUAAAUAAAACCAAUUUGUGAGCUAGAAGAGAAAUAAACCCUGUGACCAGGUAAUCAUGUUGUAUGCAGUUUUUAUUGUGUGAAAAUAUGUAAUAACCUCAGCACUUUCAUUCAAACUG